AUGGACAACACUGUUAUCGGUAAAGUCCAGUGUCUUUACUACGAGUUUGUCGAAAGCGAAAACAAAAACUCAAUACCGAUAACCAUUAAGUGGAAAGUUGUUGACUUUAUUGCCAGCGGACGCAAAGGUUUGUUCGGUAACGGCUUAACCGAUAGCCAAAUGCAUACAUUGGCUACAAAUAAUGAUUUCGUUUUUCCCCAGUAUUUGUCGGGUAGUUUAAGUAGUAGUAGUGGUCAGUCAUCAUCACAGAUGACAACAACGUCGUCAACAGCAGUAAAAACAAGGACAACAACAACAACCUCGCCAUCAAAGUCAAGGUCGACAUCAUCGACGUCGUCGUCGAAAGAAAAGACCAAAGAAGAAGAAGAAAAGGAAGAAAAGAAGAAGUCGGCCGACACUUCUAGUAGUAGUAGUAGUAAAGGACAAAAGCGUAGUCGUUCUACAUCUUCAGCGGACAAACAAGAAGAAGAAGAAGACUCGAGAAAUAAGAAAUAG